AUGACCGUGAGCGAGAGCCUCGGCUACGGCCUGAUGGGCUUCGGCCCGGCGCUGUCCAUGUUCGCACUGACCAUCGCGCGACACCCGAGCCGAGUCGUGGUGCUGCUCGUGUCCUCCUUCAGCUGGCUCCUGUCCCUGCUGUUGUCGUCGAUCGCCUGGUUUGUGCUCUCGCCACUGGGCCUGCCCCUGGUCGCGGCCAUGGCUCUCGCCGUGCUCUUCCAGGAAGGCGCCCGACUCGCGACCCUCCAUGCGUUGCGCAAGGUGGACCACGCGCUAAAGCUGGCCGCGCUCGCCGGAGACGCACAGUUGGUUCGCAGCAGGGCUACGCUCGCCUACGCUUCCGGACUGGGCUUCGGCAUCGCCAGUGGAGCCUGCUCCCUGCUCAACGCGCUGGCAGACGUUGCCGAAGCGGGUGUGCCUCACGGAGUUCAAAAUGCCUAG